AUGACGGACACAUCUUCAAACUCUAAAUCCAACACAAUCACGUCAGUACCAGGAUUAACAGGAAAUCCUGAUACAACUCCUCCAACCAGUCAUAAACUCAAUGGUCAGAAUUUUUUCCAAUGGUCUCAAUCAGUAUUUAUGUUUAUCUGUGGUCGUGAUAAAGAUGGUCAUCUUACCGGAGAAACUGUGGCUGCUGAUUCUAAGGAUCCAAAAUUUAGGACCUGGAGAACCAAUGAUCAUUUGGUUAUGUCCUGGUUAAUCAACUCUAUGACAACAGAAGUGGGAGAAAACUUUCUUCUCUACAAGACUGCUCAGGAGAUCUGGGAGGCAGCCAAAGAAACCUACUCAAGCACUGAAAACUCCUCUGAACUAUUCGAACUCGAGACUAAGUUGUAUGAUUUGCGUCAAGGUGAUCUUUCUGUCACUCAGUACUUUCAUCUUCUAUCCCGAAUUUGGCUUCAACUAGAUUUAUUUGAGACCCAUCCCUGGAAGUGUGUUGAUGAUGUUGCCAGUUAUCGUUCUGUGGUCAAUCAGAAAAGAACUAUCAGAUUCUUACUUGGCCUCAACAAAGAUUUAGACGGUGUUCGCAGUCGGGUCAUGGGAACCCAUCCUCUACCUACACCCCGUGAAGCCUUCUCUACUGUCCGUCAAGAAGAAAGUCGUAAAAAACUUAUGAUGCCCCAGUCCAAUAAUCUUAUCACCGAGGGAUCUGCCCUCCUCACCAACACUUCUACUCAUUAUGGUAAAUCCCAGAAAUCUCAAGGGCUUCCAUGGUGUGAAAAUUGUACAGUCCCUGGUCAUUGGAAACAUGGUUGCUAG